CCACGGCCACGGCAAGAGCGAAUUCUCCUCGUCGCUCGUUUUCGCAGCGGAGCUGGCGCGGAUCGCUCCGUCGCCCGCCAUUGCCACCUCACCAAGAGCUAAGCUCGCCGCAUUUCCCCCCCCCGCUAAGUCACCUCCAGCUCUCUUUCCGCAACGGCGGACACUUUAGGGCGGGAGAGAGCAGAUACAGCUUCCACAUCCACUCUGGGUGUAAGCGGAAAGUCUUCCCCCCGGUUCGCGCGCGGCUCAUCUCUCGUUCUCUCUUCAGCUCCAGUCGCGCAUCCAGCCGCUUCUCUAAUCUCUCACGUAUCGGCCCCCCAUUACCCGUUCUCUCCUCCCAAGUAUCGGCGCCCCCAGUCGAUCGCUUCCCCCCGCAUCGGACCUCCGCUUUCCCCCUCGCGCUUCCCGUCUUCCGCUUCCCCCGCACUGCUCCCCCCUCCCCCGAUGGCUUGCCCCUUGCGCACAGCCUGCGGUUGCGCCGCUCCGCCUGCAGCCGCGGCGGAGAAGGCUAGUGGGUGUUUAGAUUGGGGAGUGCGGGUUGGGGUAUGGCGAGAAAGCGGAACUGCUGGUGCUGCUGGUGCUGGUGGUGGUGGUGGUGGUGCUGCUGUGUAUUUCGUCGCCCAUCCUGCGGCUGCUGGUGCCACUUUCGCUGCUGCCUGGGCUGGCUGGGGAGGAGAUGAGUCUAGGUGCAUCAGAGCACGAGCUGCUGGUGCUGCUGGUGCUGCAGUGAUGUCCGGUGAUGGUGCGGCUAGGCGAGAGGGGGAGAGAGAGGCAGGGGGGGAAGAUGACGUGAGUGGGGGAGGUGGGGGAGGUGGGGGAGGUAGGGGAGGUGGGGGUGGUGAUGGGAGUGGGGGAGGGGGAUAUGGCGGAAGUGGAAGGGGGGGUGGAAGGGGGGACGGGGACGGGGAAGGGGGGAGAGGAGAUUGGGGGGGGGAGAAGGGGGGAAAGGGGAAGGGGGGGAAGGGGAAGAGGGGGAAGGAGGCAGAAUGGCAGGAUAAAGCUGAGGGGAGGGGGCCUGGGAGCCGGUAUGGUCAUGGGUAUGGGUACGAGUAUGGGCAUGAGCAUGGGUAUGGGUAUGGGCACGGGGAAGGAUGGAGAUAUGCCCAUGCGUACACAUACACUAGCAGCAGUGGCAGCAGCAGCCGCAGUGGCAGCAGCAGCAGCAAUGACAGCAGCAGUGGCAGCAGCAGCCGCAGUGGAAGCACGGGUGUGUGUGAGCGGCCGUCAACCUAUGGUACAUAUGACCGGUGCUGGAAUGCUCUCUUGUCGUCCCUCAGAAUCCACACCCAGCAGCAGCAGCAGCAGCAGUCUCUCCACACCGUCUCACCCCCCACCGCUCCUUCUUCCUCCCCUACAUCCCCUCCUCCCGCCCCUCCCGCCACCUCAUCCCUUGCUCUCACCUUCUCCGAUAUCCCCUGGCCUCCUCCCGGAAACCCUCUCUUUCUGGAGGCAGGGGAUGGGCGGGCCGAGGCGGAGCGCAAGAUGAGGCGGGCGCUGCUGGUGUGGCACCCGGACAAGUUCCGCGCGCACUGCGGCCUGCACUUAGCUAAGAGUGAGCGCGGGCGGAUUGAGGCGGCUGCUGCGGCAGUGGCAGCAGGGGUGAUGCGGCAGCAUGAGCAGCAGAAGGGGGCUUGAGGGGUGCUUCUGAGUCAACAACUCA